CACGGUUUUCGACAAUAGGAGAGAAACGACCUCGAAACUACAUUUCCACCAUUUUCAGCGCCGUUGACAGUGCUUGCAUCAGCGUGUACAGCAGUCACCGGCAGAGUUAUCACUGGCCACUUGUGUUCUUCAGAGUUAAAAAAGUAUUAACAUUAGUUAAGUCCGCGAGCCGUUACUCAGCAUAGGAGCUGUCAACGACCAGAUGAAGCUGUUUGUAAGUGAAGGUAACCCGCACUGCCUGAAGGUGUUAGCCGCGCUGGAUGUCUCUGGAGUUCAAUGCAGUGUUCAGUUUGUCAACCACGAAGAGAAAGUGGUGCCCUUCUUAAGCCGUCCAGCUCUGCCAGCCCUACUUUUACCCAGUGGACAAUUCCUCUUCAGCUCCAAUGCCAUUUGCAGAUACCUUUUUGAGCUAAAUGGACACGAAUCCAGUGAGUCUUGCAAUCAGUGGCUUGAGUGGGAGGCCACAGUUCUUCAGCCUGCACUGCUGCGAGCAUUUCACGUGGCAGUGCUGCAGGGAAAGAGAUCAGAGGUGACCCAGGUCCUGAAGGGGCCCUUAAACUUCUUCGACCAGAGCUUAAGCAAAGGGAACCUGCCAUAUAUAACAGGGGAAGAGCUUUCACUUGCUGAUGUUGUUUUGUGGGCUGCACUCCACCCUGUUUUAUCGGAGGCUACACUCGUGUCAGAUGAACACAAGUCUGUGAGGACUUGGUUUGACCGUGUGGCUGCUUUGCACAGUUGUCAGUCGGCUGCUCAGAAAGUGCUGCAGGGAAAAGGCCUUCAGGCCAUGAAGAGCUUCAUGCAGAGGCAGCCUGCACCUCAGAGCAGCCAGUGCAGAGACUCGCCGCCAUGCAACAGCAACCCUGCUGAGUGUGAAGAAGGUGAGCGUGCUGUGUCAGAGGAAGAGAUGGCGGCAGCUGCUCUCACCUGGAGUAAAGGUUUGAACACCUGCUCUCCCGUAACAGCGAAACCACACCCCAUUUUGCCACAGGAGGGAAGGCGAAAUAUCCUUGUGACCAGUGCCUUGCCAUAUGUAAACAACGUCCCCCACCUCGGUAACAUCAUUGGCUGCGUGCUCAGCGCCGACGUCUUCUCCAGGUAUGGCCGCCUGCGGGGCUGGAAUCUGCUGUUUGUGUGUGGCACAGACGAGUACGGCACGGCUACAGAGAACAAGGCCAGGGAGGAGGGCUUGACACCCCAGCAGAUCUGCGACAAGUACCACGCUGUUCACUCCAGCAUCUACAAGUGGUUCCAGAUCGACUUUGACUUUUUUGGCAGAACCACUACGGAGAAGCAGACAGAGAUAGCUCAGAAUAUUUUCUGGCGUCUCCAAAAGAACGGAUACCUCGUAGAGGACACGGUUGAGCAGUUACGCUGUGAAAGCUGCCAGCGUUUCUUGGCUGACCGCUUUGUGGAAGGCGUGUGUCCCCACUGCAGCUACCCAGAAGCUCGCGGCGAUCAGUGUGACAAAUGCGGCCGCCUAAUUAAUGCAGUGGAGCUCAGGGAACCCCAGUGUAAGGUGUGCAAGCAGACCCCAGUAAUCCGCACCUCCAAACAUCUUUUCCUGGACCUGCCUAAGCUAGAAACGCAGUUGGAGCAGUGGCUGGAUGAGUCCACCAGCACAGGUGAUUGGACAGCAAACGCCAAACAGAUCACACGGUCCUGGCUACGGGAUGGACUCAAGCCUCGCUGCAUCACCAGGGACCUGCAGUGGGGAACACCAGUACCUCAUCCUGACUUCAAAGAGAAGGUGUUCUAUGUGUGGUUUGACGCCCCUAUUGGUUAUCUGUCCAUUACUGCCAACUACACCAAUGAAUGGGAAAAGUGGUGGAAAAAUCCUCAUCAGGUGGAGCUGUACAACUUCAUGGCCAAAGACAAUGUCCCAUUCCACAGUGUGGUGUUCCCCUGCUCUCUACUGGGAGCGCAGGACAACUACACUCUGGUCAACCACCUAGUUGCCACGGAAUAUCUGAAUUACGAGGACACAAAGUUUUCCAAGAGUCGCGGAGUGGGAGUGUUUGGAGACAUGGCCAAGGACACGGGCAUCCCAUCUGACGUGUGGCGUUUCUAUCUCCUCUACGUGCGCCCCGAGGGACAAGACUCUGCUUUUUCUUGGGCUGACAUGGCUUUGAAGAACAACUCUGAGUUGUUAAACAACCUGGGGAAUUUCAUCAACAGAGCUGGCAUGUUUGUUACUAAGUUCUUUGAGGGGUGUGUGCCGGCCAUGGAGCUACAGCAGGAGGAUAAAAAGCUCUUGGCCAUGGUGGGCUGGGAGCUGAAGCAGUACCUCCAGCUCAUGGACAAAGUCAAAAUCCGAGAUGCCCUUAAACACAUCCUGAAUAUUUCUCGUCAUGGCAACCAGUACAUUCAGGUCAAUGAGCCCUGGAAGAGGAUUAAGGGAGGAGACUCCGAAAGGCAGCGUGCUGGCACUGUGACUGGUGUCUCCGUGAAUAUCGCCUGCCUGCUGUCCGUAAUGCUCUUGCCUUAUAUGCCAGCGGUCAGCCAGACCAUCAGGGAUCAACUCAAUGCUCCUCCGUCUUGUGUCAAUACCAUGCUACAAGGCUCCGGGACCUUUGUAUGUGCCCUGAGUGCAGGCCACCGCAUCGGCGCAGUCAGUCCGUUAUUCCAGAAACUGGAGGCAGACCACAUUGAGUCUUUGAAGAAGAGAUUUGGCGGGCAGCAGCCUGAAGAUGAACCAUCUAAUAAGAAGACGACACAACAGAGCGCCGCCGGCUCUCAGCCCGCCGCUGCUCCGGCUCCCGCUGUCGCUGUCGAAGCCACACCGGUGGUCGGAGCGGACCCCGAGAAAGCAAAGCAGCUCGCAAAGGCUGUGACUGAACAGGGAGACAAGGUUCGAGCACUCAAGGCCCAGAAGGCAGAGAAAGAUGUGAUCACAACAGAGGUGUCCAAACUGUUGGAACUGAAGAAACAACUGGCUCUUGCGGAGGGGAAAAGCCCAGAGCCUGCACCUCAGAAGGGCAAGAAGAAGUGAGAGGGAAGCAAAAAGGGAAAAAUCAAGAUUAGUCAGACGAAGGAAAGACUACAAUGGUUGGAGGUAUGAUGGUGGUGAAUGGGAACAAGAUGUACACUAAGAGAUGAGGGUAUUAGCUUAAGGCAAAGCCGUGACAGGAUCUAAGACAAUGUGGUGUUGGCACCAAGGACUAAUGAAAUGCUGGAUAGGCCGACGGGGAAAGGAAAACACACAAAGAGGCAGUCAAAUGAACACAGCUACAGAAUGAAGGGAUUUUUCCAAAUCCCUACACCAAAAGAAACUGAUUUUAUACUCUCCCUAUGAUAAAGUCAGCAUAUAAUAUUGGCAUUGCAAGGUGUGUUGCACAUCUAAAGAUUUUUUUAUAUCCUCUGGAUUUCUUUUUUGCUACAAAUACCCUUUUUGGAUCCAUAAAAUAAAGUGAUUUAGGUUGAGCGAAAAAAAAUGUCUGUACUCCCCCACCUUUGUUUUUCUCACCCUUCUUUGUUCUUUUUCUUGAAAAAAAUCCAAACAAAAAAAGUGGCUUGAACAGCUGAACAAUUAAAAAAAAAAACAUUACAA